UCCGUCGACCACGGAUCUCCUGAGGCCGUGGCAGGCAUGGCGUCGACGGAACCGGGUGCCCAGUCCAGGGUGAUGUUCCAGACGGUGGACAAGACGGAGGAGACGGCCGGCCACCGGUUGGGCAAGCUCACGGUCAAGUACAACCGCAAGGACCUGCAGAGACGGCUGGACAUAGAGGAGUGGAUCGACGGUCAGCUGCACCUGCUCUUUGACUGCGAGGCAGAGGAGAUUCCAGAGCUAGAGAUUGACAUAGACGAGCUCCUGGACUUGUCGGAAGAAGGCCAGAGGAGCCGGCUGCAGGAGUUGCUGCAGGAAUGUGGGAAGCCAAAAGAGGAAUUCAUCAACGGGCUGCUCUACAGGAUGAAGGGGCUGCGCAAGAUGUCAGGGACUCUGAAGAAAUAGACCCAUUCGAGACACGAAACAAGACACGCCUCUUUGUCCUCCAGCUCCUUAAACCGUUGAAUAAUGGCAUGUGUGGUGUACAUUUCGUGGGAUACCCCAGUCAGGGGGUCUCCCCCGCAUGGGGGUCCGCAGACAGCAGCAACAGACACUGUCAAAGCAGUCACUUUUGAUUAUCCAUUUUUUUUAUUUUAUUGUCGUAUUUAUAGACAGCGUUAACAUUUGGACUUCCUCAUAAACACCAAUAAUGCAACACUGAGAAACGCGUAUAAACAUAAGCUGUUCAAUCCGACGGACUGGUUUCUGUGUAUGACUGUACAUUUUUUCCCCGGUUGCCUAUUUAUGUAUAGAACUUCUUUUUUUGCGGGGGUUCUGAUUAUAGAGUUCAAUGUCAAAAUAAAAAAAAGAUUUUCAGGUCUGUGCAUACUUUUUAUACAUACAGACCCGCCCCCACACAAAAAUUGCUUGCUGACAAUGCAGAGAGACUGGUUAUUUUAUUUGUUCGCACUAUACUCUUGUGCAUUUAUGCACAAACGCACAUAAAUCUCCUACCAGAUGUUAUUUGCGUGCAGAACCUCCGAAAGGGGACUUCUACUAGAUAGUCUUAAACCCGGGUAUGUCUCAAAGAGCAAUGGGGUGAACCAGCUGAAAGGAAAUGGGGCGACAGAGGAGACUGCCAUGAUAUGCCAAAACUGCCCUCAGGACUCUCUCAAGACUUUAAGUGAUCACAAGGCUUGGCCUUUCCAGAUC